UCCAGCUGCGACAAACGUGACACGCGAGCUCCUGGGUUCGGUAGUUUUCUGAGCGCUCGAAGCCUUGCCCCCCCCUACCGCCCCCGCUGGAGUUAGUCCUACCGCCCGCCCCGCCGCUUCCACGCUGCUACUGCGCAUGCCCAGAGCUUCCCCCACCCCAACCCCCACCCCCCGCAGCCAGGGGAGAGGAGGCGCGGAAGGAAGGAGGCGGGAUAGUAUUUAAAACAAACAAACAACCCACCCUCAUCCCCGGGAGCGGCGGUGUAGGGGUCCGCUCCUCCCAGAAGGCGGUGCUGCCUGCGAGGGCGGACCACGCGGAGGGUUGUGGGGCGGAUAGCUCCCCUGCUGAUGGAGACUCAUAGAGUCGGGUGGGCGGGGGGACUCCAUAUCCCAGAAUGCCCCACGGCGGGCCCGACCGGCCGCGACUCCGGGCUUGGCCCCGGCCCUAGCCUGUCGGCGGUGUAUUGGGGCGCGUGGAGGCAGAAGUCACGGUGGCGCCCGCGGGGACGGAGGAGGGAAUGAGUGAAGAGGAGCAGGGCUCCGGCACUACCACGGGCUGCGGGCUGCCCAGUAUAGAGCAAAUGCUGGCAGCCAACCCAGGCAAGACCCCGAUCAGCCUUCUGCAGGAGUAUGGGACCAGAAUAGGGAAGACGCCCGUGUACGACCUUCUCAAAGCCGAGGGCCAAGCCCACCAGCCUAAUUUCACCUUUCGGGUCACCGUUGGCGACACCAGCUGCACUGGUCAGGGCCCCAGCAAGAAGGCAGCCAAGCACAAGGCAGCUGAGGUGGCCCUCAAACACCUCAAAGGGGGGAGCAUGCUGGAGCCGGCCCUGGAGGACAGCAGUUCUUUUUCUCCCUUAGACUCUUCACUGCCUGAGGACGGUCCGGUUUUUACUGCUGCAGCGGCUGCUACUCCUGUUCCAUCUGCUCUCCCAACCAGGAGCCCCCCCAUGGAGGUGCAGCCCCCUGUCUCCCCUCAGCAGUCUGAGUGCAACCCUGUUGGUGCUCUGCAGGAGCUGGUGGUGCAGAAGGGCUGGCGGUUGCCUGAGUACACGGUGACUCAGGAGUCUGGGCCAGCCCACCGCAAAGAGUUCACCAUGACCUGCAGAGUGGAGCGCUUCGUUGAGAUUGGCAGUGGCACUUCCAAAAAGCUGGCAAAGCGGAAUGCGGCCGCCAAAAUGCUGCUUCGCGUGCACACGGUGCCUCUGGAUGCCCGGGAUGGGAAUGAGGCAGAACCUGACGAUGAUCACUUCUCCAUUGGUGUGGGCUCCCGCCUGGAUGGACUUCGGAACCGGGGCCCAGGCUGCACCUGGGAUUCUCUGCGCAAUUCGGUGGGAGAGAAGAUCCUGUCCCUCCGCAGCUGCUCCCUGGGCUCCUUAGGUGCCCUGGGCCCUGCCUGCUGCAGUGUCCUCAGCGAGCUGUCUGAGGAGCAGGCCUUCCAUGUCAGCUACCUGGAUAUUGAGGAGUUGAGCCUGAGUGGGCUCUGCCAGUGCCUGGUGGAGCUGUCCACACAGCCGAUCACCGUGUGUCAUGGCUCUGCAGCCACCAGGGAGGCAGCUCGUGGUGAGGCUGCUCGCCGUGCCCUGCAGUACCUCAAGAUCAUGGCGGGCAGCAAGUAAAGCUCCAGCUGGACUCAUGGACAUACAACCUCGCUCCCUGCUCUUCCUGCUCUCGGCCCAGGCAUCUGCCCAGCUCGGGUACCCUCUGGAGGUGCCAUCUCUACCUCUGACACAGACUGCCUCCCCGCAGGCCGAGGAGGGCAUGGGCCCAGGAGCCAGGGACCACAGUGCCUCAGUGGCCCAGGAUCCGUCCUCAUGUUACUGGUGGUGAUGGAGGGGAAUGACAUCGGACUGUCCCCUAGAGCCCAGAAUAAAUGUGCUGCUCCUCGGAACCGUACACCCUGA